AUGGAUCAUUAUUCAUAUUUGAAUCAAAGUUUUGAUCCAACCACUUGUCCAUUAUCAUCACCAAUGGAUACAAUUGGAUCGGCAUGUCAAUUAACAUGUACAACCGGUGGUUAUCCAGAUCUAAGUUCAUCAUGUUCACAAAUACCACCAGUAGGUUAUGGCUGUUAUACAAAUUCAAUGGCCGCUACAAAUCCAAUGACCGGAACAAUGUCCGGUAUGCGUACGAAUUCCAUUGUUGGACAACCACCGAAUGGUCCAUCAACAAUGUCAAUAUCAAGUCGUAUGUCAGUAGCAGCAGCUGCAGUUGCAGCUAAUCAUAUGGCAGCGGCAGCGGUUGCUAAUACCGGUGUACGAACACAUCAUCAUAAUGAACAUAUGCAAUCAUCAAUGUUUCAAACUGGAAUUGGAUUACAAAAUUUCCCUUAUAAAGUAAUGGCCAACGAUGUAACGAAUAUAACGGAAAAACGGAAACAAAGAAGAAUUCGUACAACAUUUAGUUCAUCACAGCUAAAAGAAUUGGAAAAAGCAUUCCAAGAAACACAUUAUCCAGAUAUCUAUACAAGAGAAGAGAUUGCAUUAAGAACCGAUCUUACUGAAGCUCGUGUUCAGGUAUGGUUUCAAAAUCGACGUGCUAAAUUCCGUAAACAAGAACGUGGUGUUCAAAAAUGUUCACUAUCAUCAUCAUCGUCAUCAUCAACGAAUAAUGGUUCCAAUAAUAAUGUAGCAUCAAGUACGGUUACAGUGAACAGUAGUGGAUCACAUGGAACAACAACUGGAAAUAAUCGUAAUAAUAAUAAUAACAAUUCUAUUAUGGCUGCCGAUUCUAUAUCGACAACGACAAAGAAUCCAGUAUCACCUGUAUCACCUAUGACAGUGGUUGCUGUUUCAUCAUCAAGUCCAGAAUUGAAUGUUAAUCAACAACAACAACAACAACAACAGCAGCAGCAUCAACAGCAGCAACAACAACAACAACAACAGCCAAAUGAUACAAGUUUAAUGGGAACCGAUGAUGUUAGCAUUACAUCAUCAAUGAUGGAUCAAAUGUCACCAUUUUCAAAUGAAUUUCGAAGAAGAAUUGAAGUUGCUGUUGCGAAAGCUAAACAUCUACAACAACAACAACAACACCAGCAGCAGCAGCAACAACAACAGAAAUGUGGUGGUGAAGAUGUGGUUGGUACAACCACAUCAGCUUCAUCAACAUCAUCAUCAUCUACAUCAUCAACUAAUGAUAAUGAAGCAAUAUCUUCAGUAACCGUUACGAGUGGUGGUGGUGGUGGUGGUGGUGGUGAACGAUCAAUAGUUACCGAAAAUAAUAAUGGUGCUGGUGAUAAUGGUAUUGUUGUCGUACAUACAUCAUCUGAAUCACCAAUGGAUCAACAAAGUAAUGAUUCAUCAUCAUCAUCAUCAACAACAUCCAUGUCCGGUUCAUCAUUAGCAUCUGUUUUAUCCAAUGGUUCAACAACAACAACAACAAGAACAACAACAACAUGCAAUAAUAAUGGUAAUGGUAAUGGUGAUGGUGAUGGACAACGUAAUGAUGCUAAAUCUGUACUUACAUUGAUGAUGCCUUCACCGUCCAAUCAUCUGUUAUCAUCAUCAAAUACGCCUACAUCGUCAACAUCGAAUAUGAUGAAUACGAUAAAUGGAAAUAAUGGUUCUAUGCUCAAAGGUCAUCAUACUCAUCAUCAUAAUCAUCAUGGUCACCAUAAUCAUAAUCAUCAUAAUAAUCAUCAGCUACUUAAUAAUAAUAAUCAACAACAACAACAACAACAACAACAUCUUCAUAAUCAAGUAAUGUCUCCAGGUGUUUUGUCUCCAACAAUUGCUAAAUGGAUGUCCAAUCAUGGAACAGUUCCAUUAUCUCAUCAUCAUCAUCAUGAUCAUCAUUCAUCAUCACCUACAGUUGCUGCGGCCGCCGCUGCUGUACUCAUAACUGGUGGUGGUGGUGGUAAUCAUUCCCAUCAUCCUCAUCCACAUCCACAUGGUCAUCAUCCUCAAUCACAUCAUCUUCAUCAUUCUUCUCAUCAUCAUCAUGCACAUCAACAUCAAUCAAUGAUUCAAUCAGCCAAUAUGAUACAUCAUGGACAUGUGGCUACUGGUGCAAAUAUUAAUGGAAGUGUUGGCGGCGGUAAUAUCGGCAGUAGUGGUAAUAGCCAUUCACCAUUAUCCAUUAAUGUAUCUGCUCAUCAAAUGUCUGAAGAUGCUAGUGCUUUAAGUUCUAAAUUGAUUAUGGCAUCAAUGGCUGCGGCAAAUUCUCAUCAUAACCACCAUCAUCAAACAUCGAUUACAUCGUCUUGUUUGGGUACAGCUACAGCGGCAGGUUUUCUUCCAUUAACUGGUGCUGGACCACCACCACCACCACCACCACCGCCGCCGCAAUCAUUAUCUUCAAUCGUAACAAGCGGUGGUGCCGGUCCAAAUACUUCAACAGCAGCUGGACAUUUACAUCACCAUCAUCAUCAUCAUCAUCACCAUCAUGGUGAAUCAACGUAUCUAAGUCCAUUGGAUUCGGCUGCCACUAAACAUCAUGCAUCUAAUUUAUCAACGCAAAUAUUCUAGUUUCAUAAAAAAAAGAGAAAAAUGAAAAAAAGUGAAUAAACAUGACCAUUUUUUUUUGUUC